UAUAUACGUCCUCCAGCCCUAUGCGUUUCAGUUCCAACUGUGUGUGAAACCAGUCUUACGCGUGGGUUUUCCUGGCUUUGUCGAUCUGGGGCCGAUCUUUCCUCUACGUCAUUUUGUAUCUCCUUUCCCUUUCAGCUUUGUAUCCCUGAUUUCAAGCGAUUUACUUCUCUUUAAGACGAAAAGCAAAUCUGUGUGGUCGUCAUCACCCUUCCCCCCCUAGCAGGCCGACUCCUUGUGUAUGUGUUUCAGACCAAGUUGUGAGGUAUAUAGUUGGAGACCGAUAUUCCCGACCUGAGAAAACCUUGCCCAGCAAGGGAAGUUGCAUUUCGAGGAACCUGUUCCAGAAGAGAUCAGCAGGGGAUCUGAUCUGAGACUUUGUCCAAGAAAAUACAAGCAUGACUGCGUCGUUACCCACAGAGAAACCGCAAUGACUCCGGAUCGCUUGUUUCCCAGACACCUGAGAAGCCCAGGGGAUGAUGGCUACCGAACCCCAACCAUUGAAGAUACCCAAAAUGACCUUGCAGGAAAUACUGGCGGCGAUUCUUAUUUUCACCCCAGAGGAUCUAUAAUCAGCCAGGCCCACACCUCGGCAUUAGACGCCAUUCACAGCUCUUCAUAUCGCAAGUCUGAAGGAGAUGGAGACGAGGGUGUGGAUGGAAUGGCUUACCCCCGGAGUGAAGCUGAAACCAGACCAACUGGUCUUGGAUGGAAGAAGCGUAUUCGUCACAUUACUUGGGCAUUUUUCACCCUAACCAUGGCGACUGGGGGAAUCGCAAAUGUUCUGUACUUUGGUGAGUGUGUCCUUGUCUUAGUGCCCUAUAGAUUUCGCGGCUUGGAAACCAUUGGAAUCAUCUUCUUCCUAGCCAACUUGUUCCUCUACAUCUUAAUCUGGUGUCUUUUGAUAACACGUUUCUAUCUAUACCCUUACACUUUCAAAGCAUCCUUUCUGCAUCCGACAGAAUCAUUAUUCGUUCCAGCUUCGCUGGUCUCUUUCGGGACGAUUCUGAUCAAUAUCUCACAAUAUGGACCCGAUCACACAGGGCCCUGGCUCACAUAUGCGGUCGGAAUUUUGUUCUGGAUUGAUGCAGCCCUGGCAGUCAUCUCUUCUGCCGCUAUUUACCUUAUUCUGUGGUCGACCCAGACAUUUACAAUUGCACAAAUGACACCUAUUUGGAUCUUCCCUGCGUACCCAAUGCUUAUAAUAGGCCCUCAUGCUGGGAUCCUGAGCUCCAAACUUGAGCCUGCUCGCUCCUUGCGAAUCAUAAUUGGUGGUACCACUAUCCAGGGCGUUGGCUUCUUAGUAUCCCUGAUGGUAUACUCGGCUUUUAUCUACCGGCUAAUGUCGCAAAAGCUCCCCCGAGAAAAUGUCCGACCAGGUAUGUUCGUGUCGGUUGGUCCUAGUGCGUUUACUGUGUCUGGGAUUGUCAAUAUGGCAGCCCAUGCCAAAAGAAGCUUCCCGGAGGAUUUCAUGGGCAAUGGUGCAUUAGCUGCAGACAUUGUGAAAGUUGUUGCCAACUUUUCCUGUUUAUGGCUAUGGGGGUUAGCAAUAUUUUUCUUCUUCAUUGCCAGCUUCGCACAUUGGUCUGCCAUUGGACCGGGCCGGAUGGUCUUUUCAAUGGCAUGGUUCUCGUUCGUAUUCCCGAACACGGCACUGAUAACGGCAACCUUUGCAAUUGGAAAGGCCUUUUCUUGCAAGGCAAUAUCCAUCAUCGGCUGCGCUAUGGUGUUUCCGCUAAUCUUGAUGUAUAUCUUCGUCUGUUAUAUGAUGGUGCGUGCCAUCGUGCAUCACCAGAUACUUUGGCCGCAGAAAGGAGAAGAUAAAGAUGAAGGAGGCUUUGAGGUCAACCGAAUAAAGCCUGAGUCGCCAGGUGAGAAUACACCUGUAUAG